AUGGCGGACAUACAGUCAAUCCCCACAGACGGGCCUUCAUCCCCAAUACCAACUGGUCAAACGACGGACCAGACACCAGAUCAAAAGGUUGUUGAAGACUGGCUGGAGAACAAACUAUACACCGAAUAUGCGACAAUUGAGCCCAAAGCAUAUUCUCGCAAAUUAUACGCACUCAGAAUGGGCCAAUUUCUAGAUAUCCUGCGCACCGCCGGACCGAAAAGCUGGCUAUAUGAAGACGCUAUCAACAUGUCUCUCGCCCUGCUCACCAACAUCCCAAGCCGUAGGGACUGCUUCUUCUUGCCUAGUUUCGAUGCGCAGAUGCUCUGCCAGCUGGGCCUUGGAGUCGUUGGGAUUGAUGGUCUUUACCCGGAGAUUGGACAGAGUCUCAGGGACGCAGACAAGAGGUGGAUCAUCAUCCCUUGCAAUGAUGGGAUGUUGGGAAAUCUGUUCGACAUACCGGUAGGCGAGGACGGAAAGAUUUGGGAAAUGGGAAAACAGAGGCCGGCUAAGGAGGAUCCACAACACCUAGGAAAACAGCGACCGACAAAAGAGGAUCCGAAAAAACAAAACGCGGUGAGGAGGCCUUUGGGUGAGGGCGAGCAUUGGGGCUUGAUGAUUAUUGACAAACGCGAGGAAACAGCCCGCUGGCUCGACAGUGCCGUCAGUCUUAAAGAGCAAAUCAAAAAUGGGAAGAAAGUCACAUCCAUCUCCGAGAUGUUCAACGCAGGCAGGGCUGCGGGAAAGGUGCUGCGUGGUUAUGACAAGCUGCUUGGUCGCAAGCCUGGCCAGUUCACAGUAAGCACUAUUAAAUGGAGUGCGCAUCAAACCUACGAUAACACGACAGUAGGUGACCGUGGUGCGUGUGGUCCAUGGAUGUAUGCUUGCCUGAAGCAUAUCUACGAGACACCUGGAGCGUUGGAUGAUGUUAACGCGCACUUCAAGCGGGGAAGUAGGGUAUCAGGAGUAUUUGGCAGGGGGGGGAAGGGCUUCAAUUCGAAGAGGACGCGGGAGGAUAUUGUCAAGCAGAUCCGUCUCAAGCAAGAAGAAAAGGAGAAGCGAGAAGAACUGGGCCUGGGGUUGAAACCAGAAAUCAUUAAGAUUCUCGGGCUCGGCGUAUCGUUGCCAGACUUGUUUGCAGCUGUCAAACGACAUCAAUCCGUUCAAGAGGAAGAAGUUGAGGAUGAGGGUCUUGCGCUAAAACUGCAGCAAGCGCAUGAUAAGCUCCAAGAGUAUCAACCGCAAUGGCAGGCGGCACUUGCAGAGGGUGUAUUCGACGGGGAUCUAUCGGGCUACGUAAAGAUGUUGAAGGUGCAGGAACAAAUACUGGGAGAUGCAGAGCAUAAUGGGGACAGCGAGGAAACUCCGAUCACAUACACAAGGGUGAGUAUUGGAGAUGUUUUAUACGUCGUCCCCAAUGAUGACGAACAGUUCUGGGAGACACAAGACGAAAGCUGGUCAGAUGAUGAUAUACCAGAUUUUGCGCGCAUGCCGAAGAAGGAGUUGCGGGAGUGGGAAGCGCUGCACCCAAAGAUCGCAAAAGCAAAGGGGAAACGAGGCGAGGGACAUACACAUGCCACAUCACGCGCUAUGUUGCAAGCAAAGUUCAAGGAGACUUUCCUGAGGGAGCCGGAUGCGAAUUUCCGCGACGUGUGGGUUCGUGAUCAUACGGUCUUUGAUAAACACAUAACCUAUACUGUCCCGCAGAUCAGGUAUGAGAUUAUGAAUAAGUAUGAACCCAAGACGCUCGAGCGGCUCGAGAAGUACGCACAGUCGGCCACCAGCACGGGUUCCGGGACUGUGAUCAACCACGCGACGACCACGCCGCCGCCUCGAACCCAUCAGAGCGCGAUUAUCCACCCCCACGAUAUCGACAUGGUACCCAGAGACUUUGCCGACGAGCAAGAAGUCGACGAGCCCGCCCUCGCGAAAUGGAAAGAAGCCAAUGAACACCACUUUGAGGAAAUGAAACUUCGUGAAGAAGGGACAGGGGACCACAUUUCAUUCCGAGCCGCGCUUCAAGCACUAUCUGGGUCGAGUUUUACCGAUGAAUCUGACGCACGACUACGAACGAUUUGGAUCCGGGAUGGAUUUGCUCUGGAUGAGGGGUUUAGGGCGCAGGAUGUUGCGGAUCUGGAUUUUGCGGCGAUGAGGAUCAGGCUGUGGGAUGUUUAUGAGAGGUUCAGGUUGGACGGGUCUGAAGGGUUGCCGGAUUCAGAUUCAGAUUCAGAUGGUGACGGUGAUGACAGUAAUGACGAUGUCGAUGUCGAUUCACCCGAGGAAGACAGCCCUGAUGCGAACCCAAAGAAAGGAGAGGGCAGUAAAAAGCGACCGUAUGAGCCCGAGGAGGGGGAAGAAGAAGAUGGGCAUACUACCAAGAAACAGAAACACGGUGAUGAAUCCGAACAGUCGCAUACGAACGGACCCAAAACCAAGGAGAAGAAACGGGUGGUCGCAUACCCUAAAGGCUUCACAAAGAACACACUACCCGAGCUUGCGAGCCUGCAAAGCAAACAGCUCCCAAUCUUGAUGACAGUCAACAAAGACUUAUUUGAUGGCCACUCGACGAGUUGA